CGACCGACAAGUAUUAUCAAAUGGCCACUCGGAUCGAGCUCCUUAAGGGUAUUCACUCUUGUGUUGCUCAUGUCACAAUCUGUUGGCCGCUUCGACAGAAAGUGUCUUCUUGCGGGGACAUUUGGAGUAUUUUUGAGAACAUGAUUCUUAACUUUGUGGUUUGAGGCAUUUACUUAAAAUGAACUAUUGAUAUCGUGUUCAUGCUUCUUUUGUGGUUUCUUUGAGGUCAUUCCACAAAGACAAUAUUCGAAAUUCACUUGGACAAAAGCUACCUACCCCACCUGCAAUUCCUCGAACACACAAAACAUCCCACCUUCUCUGCCCAAGUGAAAAGCUUCUCUAUCUCCCAAGUCACUGAUAUUCUUGCGAUAUUGGAUUCAAGUCACUACCUAGGUACCUUGCCCCUGACCAUAUUCGACACAAGACAUGAUCAGCCCGAAUCAAGAUGUUCCCACCCAACCAGGCCCGGGCAUACAGGACGGGGUGUCAUCAAAUGCAGCAAAUACUGCCUCGCGACAAUCGCAGGACGAUGACAGUGCGCGAGCUCAAUACGUUCCUGAAACGAAGGAAUCAGAGCUAUCAGAACGAUCAAGCAAGGAACCUAUCGACACGAACAAGAGUGGCGAUGAUGUCCGCAUCUCGGAUGGUGGCAGCAAAACAAAAGCAGAAGUCUUAAGCAGCAUUGAAGCGCUUGAGCAGGACUUGGAGAGAGUAAAAUUUGGGUUCCCAUUGGAAAAAAAGCUUAAUGAAAUUGAAAAUCGAUGGGACGAGAGUAUUGAGCAGGAAGGAAGCGACAUGGAAGGCCGGAGAUGGAGAUUCGUGAAGGAGGAGAGAUCGCAACAUUUAUUGCAGGAAGCAACGGCUUUCGCAUUUGGCAAAGAAUGGCUCCACGAUAGCCAGAAGAGUUUCGUUCAGAAAAUGAUAGCGCGUGAAGAGUUCGAGAAGAAGCUCAAUCUACGCAGACUGCAAUGGGAAGCUAAGAGGGGCAUCGCGCCCUCGCCAGCCGACGUUUCUAUCAGGUCGGCGUCGGAGUGGCCUAACUACGGCCGCCAUCUUACCAUGUCAGCGCAAAUGUACGAUGGGAUAAGCUUUGAAUCGCUAUUCAACGACACUAUGGAGGCUAAAGGAUACGACGCUCAAGAACGUCAGCUUCGGGGUCAAAUUCACGAGGUGAUUCGGCAAAAAUAUGAGUGUCUCAGGGACUGGGUGGACCGUUUCCAACGGCAUGAACCAGCGGAAGAUGCGAGAAGGGUCUUUUACCACGAUGUUCAGCCAAGAUCUACAAUCAUCCGCGCCAAGUGGGAGCAUUUCAAGUCCUGCUCGCCCAAAAAAACCUAUCUCAGCGAAAACCGGAAGACUCUCUAUGCUGUGGACGUAUUGGAAGGCGAACCCGAAGUCAACCUUAUGAAGAGACACUGGCCCUCUCCGAGAGCGCACAGUAGCGAGAUACCUUUCGAUUUCCCCGAGGCAGAGCAGAUGGUUGUUCCAGAGCGGAUCCGGCUCAAUUGUCCCGAGUCAAUCUACACCUCGAUUGGACUUGCGCGCGGAGCUUCCUGGCGUUUAGGUGUUCAGACCAUUCUUUUGCAGCCAUAUCGCGUGCUCAUAUAUAACGAGCGAAAGAUCAGAGGUCGACAGGAAACCCUGAAGAAAAAGCUCGACGAGUUCACUAAACAAGAUGAUCCACCCCAUGUGAGCGUUCAAGCACACGAAGACACCGACCAGGCCAGUGAUGGGAAGCAAAGCACACCCCUGGACCCCAUCGAUACCAUCAUGCUCUCGCAAGCCAAAACAGAGACAGCAGUCAAUUACAUUAGCUGUGUCAUCAAGUUCCUGGAUAUCUUCGUCGUACCUAGACGAGACUAUGUUCAAGGCACGCAUUGUCGGCAAGUCUAUUUCCGAGAUUUAUGGUACCUCUUCAGCCCUGGAGACGAGGUGAUCAGGCUGGAUAGAAAGCAGGUGUAUAAAGUCAUCGGUGUCGGCAAUCCUAGACACAAAGGAUCACUCAAGAACGCAUUUUUCGACUUCAAUGACAACGGCUCGUCGAUGAAUUUUGAGGUGACGUGUGUGUAUGUAGAUUUCGACGGGAAAAGGCUUGGGCCGGUGUUGAUCACAUUUGCUGUGAAGCCGUUUGCAGGCGAGAGACCGGUCGACUCGCUCGAAGUCUAUCCACUUCGGCUUCACAUUUGCGCAGUCGAUGGAAGAACGAAUCUCCCUGUUCCACCAGACACCACAGCUCUCAGGCAACGGUUGAUACAGAGAGGGAAAAGGUUCUUUGAAGCUGCAUGCAUGAGGUUGGAUAACGCAUUCUACAAUGGACCAACAGCAGAGGGUGAUGAAGUUGAGAGUCAGGUGGUGGUCGACUUCGAAACAGCAUUGGCAUCGGGUACGAACUUUGAGAAAGGGCUGGUCCCCAACCUCGAAUCAUUACUCAGCAAUACUGACAAUCCAACGGAACCCAUCCCUGCGGACGACGUUCGGUGCUUAGGACCCUGUUGCGAGGGCGAGUACGUUUUCAACGACGAUUUCGUGGAUACUAUCCGCAGAGAAGAUUUUGUCAACAGCUUUAUCCCCAAGGCACACGGAAAACUACCUUCUGUUGCUGUAUACCCACGGGCUUUGGAGGAUACGAUCGGAGAGAAUGCUCUGACGGACGAGGAGUUUCUCAUCAUGACUUAUCGUGUAUUCGCAUUUGUACUGAGAACUCGAAAAUGGGCUGAGCUGGAUCUGACCUACAUGGAAGAUGAAACCAGAGGUGAUGUUCAAUCGAAAGAUAAGAGCACAAACAGAGUUGAGGAACCAGCUUUUGAGCAGCUUGUGUUGCCCGACGGACAUAAGAACAUUGUGAUGUCACUGAUAUCACAAUAUUACCGAAACAGAUACUAUGGGAGGCGCGGCAUUGACCAGUCUGAUAUUGUGAAGGGCAAAGGAAAGGGUCUCAUUCUGCUUCUGCAUGGGGCUCCUGGGGUGGGAAAGACGAGUACUGCAGAGGGUAUUGCAGAAAAGUUCAAGAAACCGCUCUUCACGAUCACUUGCGGUGAUCUCGGCUCCACUGCUCGAGAGGUGGAACAAGCAUUGGACCUCAACUUCAGCCUUGCCAAUAGAUGGGGAUGUAUAUUGCUUCUUGACGAAGCAGAUGUAUUUCUGUCUUCUCGGACUGACGAUAACUUCGAGAGAAACGGCCUUGUUGCGGUCUUUCUCCGUGUCCUUGAAUAUUACGCUGGAAUUCUCUUUCUCACCACCAACCGAGUUGGAGUUAUUGACGAGGCGUUCCGCAGCCGAGUCCAUAUCAGCCUGUACUACCCACCUUUGGGUUACCAGGAGACUCGGGCUGUUUUCAAGCUGAACCUGAAGCUUAUUGAGGACCGCUUCAACAUCGACAAGAGAAACAUCGACAUUGAACGUGACGAGAUCAUCGACUUUGCUCUGGACUAUUUUAGAAUACACGAGAAGGCCAGAUGGAACGGCCGACAGAUUCGGAACGCCUGCCAGACGGCCCUUGCUUUGGCCGAGUUCAAGGCACAAGGCGAAGAUCAUGAGCGCUGGGAUCCAAAUGCUGAUGUGCGACUUUCAGUUGAGAAUUUCAAGACUGUGUCAAAGGCCUACCUCGAGUUCACGAAGUACCUCGAUCAUCUAUAUGGCAUGAAUAACGAGUGGAGGGCCAAAGAACGUGGCCUGCGAGAACCUCAUGCCGAUUUUAUGCGGUCGGCAGCUUCAACUGGGACCUUCGAGCCCUACGGCAAUGCUCAAUCGUACAACAUUGCGCCGUCGAUACCAGCGCAAGCCGUCCACAGCCAAGCUUACCAGCCAGCUCCGGUGACGAGAACAGCUCAUCUGAGCCCGACCGUCGGUUUUCAGCAGCCGGAUCAGCAGGUCCCAUACCAAUCCAUGCCUGUGCAGGACGCUCCUAGAGGCAACAUCAUGGAUCACAGAUCGUUGGGCCAAUUCCCCGCCCCAGUCCAGCCCAAGCAAGCACCACAGCCCGGCCAAACCUUUUCCGGCAUGCAGUUCCAACAUGCACAGAGCCAUGCCAACAGACAAUCAGGGCCAUGGCUGGGACAGGUGGGGCCCGAGGGAAUGACACCACUGCAACAGCAACAAUUCCAAACAUUCAUGCAGCAACAGUUGCGUGACCCGCCGCCACCAUGGGUGUCGAACUCCCAGGAAGCUCCUCAAGUCCAGUCACCCAACCUGGGCGUGCAAGGUAACGUUAUGCAGUCUUCCCGUGUGCCCAAUCCUUCAGGUCCUUCGCCUCCGCAACCAAGGAAGGUCGAUGAUGGUGGCUUUGAGUACUCUAUGGAGUGAAGCGCACUAUCUGCUGCCGGUCUAUGGCUCAACGGAGGAGAAAGGACUAAGUCGGAGGUGCCUCGGGACCCUUGGGAUACAAGAAACGGUUUGUGAUGAGGUUGAGAUCUAGAAACAAGGGCGGGAGAGGCACUAUCACAACAGCUAGUUGGCCUUCUCUUCUGGUCAUUGGCUUUCCUUUCCCUGCGGUGCGCUUUGUCUUCCAAAAACAUUUUCUACACUCCCUUAGGUGGACUUGGGUUGUUUUGUGUGUUCGGUGGAGCAAUGGCUUGGGCACAGUCCUGCAGGUUUCUUCAGUAGGCGCCGCCUCUUGGUCUCACAAUUAUGUAUCGUCUCUCAACACACCAGUAUGCACCGUGACAGUGUGUGGGAGGGGGGGAGUCGGGCGCGUGAUGGAUACACUGAAUUUGACCUUAAACCGUGUACUGGCUUGAACACAUCGUGUAACUUGAAACUCAAGUAAUAAAUGUUCAUGCUUCAA